CCGCGCGUCUGUGAUUCGGCUGAAGAACUGUUUUAAUCGUAAUUCAUUUAAACUGUUUAAACCGAUGCAAGUGAUUUAGUGCAUUGCGUAGUUUUACACAGUGUUGCCAGAUGUUGGUUCUUAAAGAGGAGAGUGAAGAUGUGAAGAUUGAAGACACUUUCAGAGUCAAACAAGAAGAUACUGAGGAACAAACAGACCCGAUGCCACUGAAAGAGGAGAGUCGCGAACUGGAUGAAAUAGAAGAGAGAUGUCAGCAUGAGAAACGUCAUGCUUUCGUAACUGAAGAAAACUCUAUUAGCUGCUCACAGACUGAACAGACCACAGUUCAGAAGACUGAGACUGGAAGUAAAUUCACUUGUCAACAGUGUGGAAGGAGUUUCGCUGCAAAAGGAAACCUUAAAGUCCACAUGAGAGUUCACACUGGAGAGAGACCUUACUCGUGCGCUCAGUGCGGAACGAGUUUCACACGCAAAGGAAGCCUUAAUGCACACAUGAGAACACACCCCGGAGAAAGCCCUUACAUCUGCAAACUAUGUGAGAAGAGCUUCUCACGGAAAGAAAGUCUUAAAGCCCACAUGAGACGUCACGCCGGAGUCAAGCCGUUUACAUGCGUUCAGUGUGGAAAUAACUUCACGCGCAAAGAAUCGCUUAAGUACCACAUGAGGAUUCACACGAGAGAGAAGCGUUUUAAGUGUCGUCAGUGUGGGACGAGUUUCAGCGACAAAAAUCACCUUAAGGAUCAUGUGAUGACUCACGCUGGAGAGACGCCGUUCAUGUGCGAUCACUGCGGAAAGACUUGCUCAAACAAAGCAAACCUCGAAAUUCACAGGAGAAUUCACACCGGAGAGAAGCCCUUCACCUGCCCUCAGUGUGGAAAGAGCUUCACAGCCAAAGGAAACCUUCAGACUCACAUACGGAUUCACACCGGAGAGAAGCCUUACACGUGCGCUCGGUGUGAGAAGAGCUUCACAUAUCAGAGAGACCUGAAACGUCAUGUGCAAGCUCACUCUGGACAGAAAGUCGAGGAUUCUGAGUGUUACGGGAAGGUUAGGAAAAAUCACCUGCGCGCUCACUCCGGAGGAAGCCCGUUUAACUGUGCGCUGUGUAAUAAAAACUUUCUUUUGCCAACACACUUGCGGAUACACCUGAGAAGACAUGCAUACGCGAGACCUUAUUUUUGUUCUUUGUGUGGAAAGAGUUUUAGAUGGCUUGGUAGCUUAAAAUGGCACCAGAAAGUAUGCAUCUGUGCAAAGUUAAUUUUGAUUGUGUAGAGGCGUUUGCUACAACUCUGAUUCCGUGUAAUACCUCAGAGUCUAAAUAUUAGACGAACACAGCCCCAUCUUGCUGUGAAAUCCCGCAAUGUAGAUUAUUUACUGUAAAU